GUGUCGUCAACGCGAUUUGUAUAGUCACCACUCACCACCUUCGCUACUUUGAAAGUCUUUUUCGUCUCGACUCUCGGCAAGCAAGAAGAGGAUUUUGCAGCAUCCAUUAACCAUGGCCCCCGACAAGAAGCAAAAAGGACGCAACAAGAAAAUCACCCUGAUUCAAAAUUCUAAAAAAGAAGAAAAGGCCUCAUCUAAUGGAACUUCAAAUGGAUCGGCAGAAAUGACAGAAGAAGAGGCACUUUGUGCCAAAUUGGAUGAGGAGGCAAGAAUCAAUGCAGAAGCAAGAGCAUGCACUGGGUCCCUUGCCGUGCAUCCGCGUUCAAGGGACAUCAAAUUUGCCAACUUUUCUAUUACCUUUUUCGGGUCAGAGAUGCUUCAAGACACAAUGUUGGAGCUAAAUUGUGGUCGACGGUAUGGUUUACUGGGUUCUAAUGGGUGCGGCAAAUCGUCUCUUCUGGCAGUACUUGGCAACCGGGAAGUACCUAUUCCAGAGCACAUAGAUAUUUUUCAUCUGACCCGUGAAAUUCCAGCCAGCUCGAAAAGUGCCCUUCAGUGCGUCAUGGAAGUGGAUGAAGAACGUAUCAAACUGGAAAAAAUGGCCGAUCAACUUGUCGAACUAGAAGAUGAUGAAUCCCAGGAGAGGUUAAUGGAUAUCUACGAUCGCCUAGAUGAAAUAUCUGCGGAUGUAGCCGAAGCGAAAGCUUCACGUAUCCUCCACGGUCUAGGAUUUACAAAAGAAAUGCAACAGAAAGCAGCCAAAGAUUUUUCUGGAGGAUGGCGAAUGCGAAUUGCUUUGGCUAGGGCUUUGUUUGUAAAGCCUCAUUUACUGCUAUUGGAUGAACCAACAAAUCAUCUUGAUCUUGACGCUUGCGUAUGGUUGGAGGAAGAACUGAAAACAUACAAACGUAUUCUUGUUAUUAUUUCACAUUCGCAGGACUUUUUGAAUGGCGUUUGUACGAAUAUUAUUCACAUGACCCAAAAGCGAUUGAAAUAUUAUACCGGAAACUACGAACAGUUUGUAAAAACACGGAUGGAGCUGCUGGAAAAUCAGAUGAAGCAAUAUAACUGGGAACAGGAUCAGAUAGCACACAUGAAAAAUUAUAUUGCGCGGUUUGGUCACGGAUCUGCAAAAUUGGCUCGCCAAGCACAGUCAAAGGAGAAAACUCUUGCUAAAAUGGUAGCCCAAGGUCUAACUGAAAAAGCUAUUGACGAGAAACAAUUGAACUUUUAUUUUCCGUCAUGUGGUACAAUCCCACCGCCAGUCAUUAUGGUCCAAAACGUUAGCUUUCGUUAUAAUGAUAAAACGCCGUAUAUCUAUAAAAAUCUUGAGUUUGGUAUCGAUUUAGACACAAGGUUAGCGUUAGUUGGUCCAAAUGGUGCCGGAAAAAGUACAUUAUUGAAGCUUUUGUAUGGAGAUCUGGUGCCUACUUCGGGAAUGAUUCGCAAGAACUCUCACCUUCGCAUUGCGAGAUAUCACCAGCACUUACACGAAUUGCUUGAUAUGGAUAUGAGUCCUUUGGACUACAUGUUGAAAUCCUUCCCAGAAGUUGUCGAAAGAGAGGAAAUGCGCAAGAUCAUAGGUCGUUACGGAUUAACCGGUAGACAACAAGUUUGUCCAAUCCGGCAACUUUCUGACGGUCAGAGGUGUCGUGUUGUUUUUGCUUACUUAGCUUGGAAAAAACCGCAUCUUUUGUUGUUAGAUGAACCUACCAAUCAUUUGGAUAUGGAAACGAUUGAUGCACUAGCCGACGCAAUUAACGAUUUUGAAGGAGGUUUGGUGCUCGUCAGUCACGAUUUCCGACUUAUAAAUCAGGUUGCAAAUGAAAUCUGGAUCUGCGAAAACGGAACCGUCACUAAGUGGAAUGGAAACAUUCUAGACUACAAGGAGCAUCUCAAAAAUAAUAUAGCAAGAGAGGCGAAAAACUCUGACAAAUAGUGAAAUUAUACAAUGAUUAAACACUAACCAAAUUAACUCAAUUAAACAAUCUAAAAAUAUAUAAAUACCCAAUAGUAGCAGAUGCCUUUGCAAAAAAAUAAUGAUACAAAAUGUAACCGUGACAGCAUUGAUUUACCACCUGAUUUUGAUUACAGUUUUGAGCGUAAUUUGUUAUGUGACAACCGAAACUAUCAUAUAUUUUCAAAUAGCAAAUGGAGUUUAUUAAGAUGUAAAAUAAAAGUCAAACGUUAUUUGUGAAACGAAUGCUGAACCUUCAAAGACGAAUAUGCACUAGCUUGAAAACUAAUAUGAGUUCACGUUAUGAAUUAUGCCUACAUUUAUAUUAGCACAAUCAUACGCCGACAGUUUUAUGUACCUAUCAGGAAAUUUCAAAGUAGAUCUUUAUGUUGGCAAGUCGUGGCUCUUGAACACGAUAUGUCUUUUUUCUUCAGGGCGAUGUUCCUGGAAUAUGCAAGUAAAUUUGAGUCGAUUGA